AUGUAUCAAGAUUUGAGGAAAUUGUUUUGGUGGUCAAGUAUGAAGAAAGAGAUUGCCAAAUUUGUGUAUUCUUGUUUUGGUGGUCAAAUUUCAGAGAGGCUAGGUGAAGUGGCAUAUCGGAUUGCUUUAACACCAUCACUUGCUAAUAUCCAUAAUGUGUUCCAUGUGUCUGAGUUGGGGAGAUACAUUGCGGAUCAGUCUCAUAUUGUCCAAUUAGAUAAUGUGCAAGUAAGAGAUAACUUGACUAUGGAGAUGUUGCCUAUGCGGAUAGAGGAUCAGGAGUUAACGCAAUUGUGUGGUAAAGAGAUCGCUUUGGUGAAGGUUGCCUGGGUAGGACCGGCUGGUGAUAAUGUGACUUGGGAAAUUAAGAGUCAGAUGAGAGAUUCUUAUCUUAAGUUGUUCGUUUAA